GCUCACAUCGCUAGCGUUGGUUUUUGUUGCAUACAAAAGACGGAUGGGUCCCGUAAAGUAUACAAGAAUACGAAAAAUUAAGCCUUUAAUUCGAUGAAUUUUAACAAAUCAAGCGGUUAUUCUGUUAUACGUUGUGAUAGUUUCGAAUUUUUACCGAUCGCGAACGAUGGGUGCCCAGUGAAAGUAAAGCUGAAUGCAUUUCCAUUUCCAUGUCCGCGGCAGCCGCAGCAACAACAAAAGCGAAACGAAAGAAAAGUGAAAUUUGAGCAAAAGGAAUAGCGCAUGCUAGUCAAACAACAAAGAAAUGGAAAAUUUGAAAAUCAGUGAAAAGUUAUUCGAGGAUGUGAUAUAUUAUGUGCUCGGCAGCUUGGAUGAUGAGAGCGAGAGAUUGCUUAAGAACGGCGGAGCGCAAUCGAAGCUUUACCUUUCGGACCAAAUAACGCAUUUAAUAUGUGCCAGCAACUACUCCGAAGAGGAGCUCUCCAUGAAUCUGGACCUCUACAAUGUGAUACCUGUGAGCGAGCAAUGGAUCUCGCACAGCGCCAAACUGGGUCGCAUGGCCUCCACGCGUGCCUUCGAUCCAAGUCAGCCGCGUUUCUUGCGCGGCAUACGAGUCGCCAUCACCAAUGUGGUGGCUAGCGAUCGCCGGCGCCUCUAUGCGAUGCUUACCUACCAUGGUGCCGUUGUCACCCACACGCAUGGAGCCACCAAUACGCAUCUGGUAUGCGGCGCCGCCACCGGCAACAUUUACAAUAAAGCGCUGGCGCUGCCCAAAAAUGCCAUGAACAUUGUCACGCCUGACUGGGUCACUGAUUGCCUCAAAUUCAAGAGCUGUCUGCCUUGUGAGCCCUAUCAUCCCAGAUUGCUAAAGCCCAUCGAGAAGCAGCGCACCCAAAAGCAGCAACAGCAGCAACAACAACAGCAGCAGCAACAAAAUCUGCAGCAGCAACAGCAGCAUCAACAACAGCAGCAGCAAUUACAACAGCAAUUGGCACAACAGCAGCAGCAUCAACAACAACAACAACAGCAACAUUUAGUACAACAAUUGCCACAACAGCAACAACAACAACAGCCAGCUGCAACACAGCUAUCUGAUAUACUAGGCUUUGGGGACGAUAGCGCUGCGCAGAGUAUCGCUAGCAUUAAAUCCCAACUGCAGGCAUCGGCAGAGCGUGCUGCAGCUGAACAGCAGCAGUUGCAGCAGCAACAUCUGCCACAGCCAGCGCAACAGCAAGUUGUCUUUGUGCGGCCACGCAACAUGCAGCAGCAGGGCGCACCACAAGCGCCACCACCACCGCCGCCACCCUCGCCGCAGCAGCAGCAACAACAACAAAUCAUAAUACAGCAACAAAAAAUCAUACCAGCUAAUCUGCAGCAACAGCAGCAACAACAACAACAGAUCAAAAACAUUUUGCAGCAGCAGCGACAAAUAAAGAACACACAACAGCAACAACAGCAGCAACUGCAACUAAUGCAGCAACAGGAGCAACAACAACAACAACAGCAGCAGCAACAACAGCAGCAGCAACAACAACAGCAGCAGCAACAACAACAGCAGCAGCAACAGCAAUUAAUACUCCAGCAGCAGCAACAACAACAACAAUCUCGUCUGCCUACAACACCCACCAUGCCACAACCACCUAUGCCCAGUGGACGACAAACGCCGCGUACGCCACAGCCAGCGACAACACCACAGCCCGUGCAAUCACCGCAGCAGCAAGUGGGACAACAGCAACAAGUGCCGCAACAACAACAACAACCGUCCGUGUCAGUCUCGCCCCAAAUGUUGCAUCAGCACAUAAUGAACAAGCAGCAAAUGUUGCAACAGCAGCAAAUGCAACUGCAUCAGCACAUACAAAAUGGCCAGAGCCUGACACCACAACAACAGGCGUUGCAGCGGCAGAUACAGCAACAGCAGCAACUGUUGCAGCAGCAAAUGCAGAUGCAGCAAAUGCAACAACAGCAACAACCGCAGCAGCAAUCACCACGCAUGGUUCAAAAUCGUUCGCCAGUCAUGCCACCCGGCACGCCCUCCCCUUCGCUGCAGCAGCAGCAACACUUGGUUGCGAGCAGCAGCAACAUGUUACCGCCUCAGUCACCACGACAAUUGCAAUCGCCAGCGCCACAAAUGACGCCGCCUCCGCCGCCCUCACCACAGAGCGCACAGCAGCACUUGCGCCAACAGCAACAACAAUUGCAACAGAGUCGCCAACAGCAGCAGCAGCAGCACAUGAUGGGCUCCCCGCAACAACAGCCGCCCACGGCCAUGAUGUCGCCACAACAGCAACCAUUCCAACAGCCAGUGCAUCAGCAACAACGCAUGCAGCUGCAGCAGCAACAACAACAGCUCGCACAGCAGCAGCAGCAACAAAGUCCACAGCACAUUUCAGCGCCGCAGUCACCUCAAAUUUCGCAAACGCCACCCAUGGCUAGCAAACAACAACAGCAGCAACCAGCUCAGCACCCGCAGCAGCAGCAGCAACAGCAAUCCUUUGUGCAGCCCAUCGAUCCCACGGAUCCCGUGCAAGUUGCUCAAGUGCUCAGUCGUUCUACACUAAGCAGCAAUCAGGAUUCACUGAUUAUGCGCCAGCAGCAGUUAAAGCAACAACAGCUGCAGCAACAACAGCAGCAACAACAACAACAACAGCAGCAACAACAGCAGCAGCAACAACAAAUGCCACAACAACAUACGCCCUCGCCACGACAGUCGCCUUUGCAUCAACAGCAAUCAACACCACAACAACCAGAGAGGCCGUUACAGCAGCUGCAACCACAGCAGCAGCAACAGCCACCACAAAUGGCACAGCAACUUGGACCUGGACAGCAGCAGCAACAGGUCAUAACCCAGCGGCACGUGAUAAACACUUCAACGGCGCAGGGACAGCAACUAAUACAGAGUCAUAUGAUGAGCAUACAGCAGCAACAGCAAAAGCAACAGCAAAUGUUGCAGCUGCAACAGCAACAGCAGCAGCAACAGCAGCAGCAACAGCAAAUGAUACCUCAGCAGCAGCCACAACAGCAGCAACUGCCACAACAGCAGCAACUGCCACAGCAGCAGCAACAACAGCUACCACCUCAGCAGCAGCAGCAGCAACAACAACAGCAACAAGUACAGUUCACGCAGCAACAAAACAUAGCUUUGGGCACAGGUGGUCAGGUGCGCAUCAUACAGCAGACAAUACAACCACCGCAACAACAGCAACAGCUGCUUGGACAACAGUUUGCGCCGCAACAACAACAAGCACCACAACAACAGCAGCAGCAACAAGUAUUGCCACAGCAGCCGCAGCAACAUCCAAUGCAACAACAGCAACAACAACAACCACCACCAGCCAUGCAGACCAAAAAAUUCAUCAUCAGUCAGCAGCAAUUCAGUCAGCUCAGCGCGCAGCAGCAGCAGCAAAUAUUAGCGCAGAAUCAGCAAAACCAAAAUGUGUUCAUUGUGAAUUCCACAAAUCUGUCACAGCAACAACAGCAGCAGCAGCAACAACUUGUGCAGCAGCGACAACUAUUGCAACAGCAGCAACAGCAACAGUUGCCACCGAAUCAAAUGAUGUUGCCGCAGCAGCAAUCGCCGCAGCAACAGCAGGCACCGCCUCAAAUGCAACAGCAGCUAAUAACACAGCAGCAACAACAGCAGCGACUACAAAUGCAACAGCAACAACCGCAACAGCAGCAACAACAAAUUGUGAUAAAUCAACAAGUCAUCAGCGAUCCGCAGCGUUUGCAAUACUUGCAGCAGCAACAACAAUUGCUGCAGCAAAAACAGCAGCAACAACAACAGCAGCAGCAGCAACAACAACUCGUUGGGCCGCCACAACAGCAGCAGCAGCAAAUUCUCAUACAGCAGCAACAGCCAGUGGCACAGCAGCAACAGCAGCAGCCGCCACAGCAAAUCAUGCAACAAGUGCUCAUAAAGCAACAACAUUUGCCACAACGUACGCCACCGCCGCAAUCGCCACAGCAGCAACAGCAACAGUUGAUGCUGCAGCAGCAAUCGCCACAGCAUCACGCACAGCUGCAACAGCAGCAGGCGCACUGGUCCCCGCAGAGUCCUGUGACAAAUCAGCUGCCACCCACAACGCCUGGCACGCCCACCACAAGCAUGGGCAUGCAAUCACCGUUGCCUGGCACGCCCACAACUCCGCAACAGCAACAGCAGGCGCCACAGCAAUUUGCACCACGCGGACUGCGCCCACAAACACCUUGGCCCGCACAACAGCAGCCACCACCGUCACAACAACAACAACAACAGCAGCAACAACAACAACAACAACAGCUUGUGCUGCCACCGCCGCAGCAGCAACAGCAGCAGCGCCAACUAAUACAUCUGGACGAGAAGACGCAUGCGCAUUUCAUGUCGCUAGAUGCACACAAACGUGCCGAGUACAUUACGAAACUGAAUCAGAACAAGCCACGUGUCAUGCUGCGCCAGCAGGUGGCCUAUCAACCACGCCCCGGUGCGCCCGGUAGCGUGGUGGCCACACGUGCACCGGGGCCAGUGCCGGUGCCUGGACCAGGCACUUCGCACAUUAUUGUGCAGAGCCAAAUGCCAGGUGGACUUACGCAGCAAGAGCAAAUGCUCUGGCUGCAGCAGCAGGGCACACGUCCAGUGGUAGUGCGUGCGGGCGGCGCGCCUGGACUCAGUCCCAUUACCCAGCAACAACAACAGCCUGGUGGAGCACCUCAACAGCUACCUCAGCAGCAGCAGCAGCAACAAUUUAAUCCCAAUGAUCCCAGCCAGCAAAUGUUGCUGCAACGCCAACAGCUGCGCGUGCAACAGAUACCCAUGCAACAGGCGCCGGCGCCGCAGCUGGGCAAGCAGACCGUGCAGCUCAUCACCGGUCCCAAUGGCCAGCUAAUCGAACAGCAAACCAUUGUUCAGCAGCAGGCCCAGCAACAGCAGCAGCAGCCGCCGACACCAGGCACGCCCACCACACCAGGAACAGGCGUUGUUGUUGGUGGCGCCACAGGUGGCAAUAUUAUGACGCAAACACUGGUCAUGCCCGCAGCGGCGCCCGAUGGACAACAGCAGCAACAGACGCCGCAGCAGAUGAAUUUGAAAACGAAAACCGCUUUGGCCAACAUGUUGAGCAAUCGGCUGGGCAACAAUGGAACACAGGUGCCGCCUCAACAGCAGCAACUGCUUUCCAUGAGCGAUGUCCAGCAGCAGCAGCAACAACAACAACAGCAGCAAAUUGUGCAACAAGUUGUUGUUAGCGGUGCCACACACCAGCAGCAGCAACAGUUGCUGCUGCAACAGCAGCAGCAGCAGCAACAACAACAGUUGGUCGCAGCGCAGCAACAGCAAUUGGCAACUGGACCGCAGCAACAUGUGGAGACACCAUCUGCCGCUGGCGCGCUGCGCAUGAUGGGUCAACAGCAUAAUGCUGCUGUAGGCGUGCCUGGUCCGCCACGGACACAGCAGGAGCUAGUUCUGUUGCAACAGCAGCAACAACAACAGCAGCAGCAACAAUUGCUGCAGCAGCAUCCGCAGCAAAUGCGACGUGUUGUCGGCGUGCCGCAGCAACAGUUGCCGCAACAGCAUUUGGUGCAACAGCAAAUUGUGGUCGCGCCGCAGGCCAACAUACAGCAACAACAGCUGCCAGUGGGCGUUCCAGUGCAAGUAGCAGGCGGACCACCUCAUGUCUACAUGCAAGUGCGUCCCGGCCAGCCUCCCAUACCGAUGCCACCGCGUCCCCAGUUCUAUGGCCACAAUCCGAACUUGAAGCUGCCGGCUGAUCUCUUCCUGGUCGGCUGCACCUUUUACAUCGUUGAAUACGACGAGACGGACAGCGAUGAGCUGCCCAUUUGGCUGGACACCAUACGUCAGUUUGGCGGCGAUAUUGAGCGUGUCUAUUGCGCCCGCGUGACGCACGUCAUCUGCCGCACCCAGCGGCACGGCAUGGUGAUGCAGGCACUGCGCGAUGCCAAACGCUGCGUGACCGCCUACUGGCUAAGCGACAUCUGUUUAAAGCGACAGCUAAUGCCACCGUGGCAGCCACUGCAUUUGCCCUUCCCCAGCCAGUUUGGCUACCGAAAGCCACUGGAGCGCUACAUUAUCACAUCGGAGGGCUUUGAGGGCGAGGAAGUUGUGCGGCUGCAGCAAAUGGCCGAGGAAUGUGGCGCCAUUUACACCUCGUACCUGUCCAAGGUGAACACGCUGGUCGUCUGCAAGCAACUGGAGGGCAACAAAUUCAAUGCUGCCAAAGAGUGGAACAUACCGAUGGUAAAUGCCCUCUGGCUCAGCGAUGUGUGCAUCGGAAAUCUGAGCGGGCUCACCCAGUACGAAAAUCCCAAAUACCAGCAGUACAAUCUGGUGGCGCCAUUCCGCAUCGAAUGCAAUCUGGUGCAGCAUUUGCUGGCCGCCUGGAAAGCGCCCAUUAAUCUCACCCAGGAGGCACACGAGCGUGUCAAGCGUCAUCUUUCCGAUCCGUAUGCAAAUGAACAGAAGAUUAAGCGCCAAAAAUUGUGCGUCUAUCAGGAGCAGCUGCCAGAGCAAAUCGUUUGCAUUGAAUAUCCGCAGACUACAAAACCGCCCAAGGUCAUCUUCUCACAGGUCGCCGAUGCGGAGUCGCUCAAAAAGGCUGUCGAACUUCUGGGCGGCAUUGUUGUGGACAGUCCCAUGGAUGCAACACAUUUGGUCAUGACGCGUGAAAGCCGCACCUGCAAACUGAUUCAGGCCUGCUGCCAUGUGGACUAUGUGCUCAAGUCCACCUGGUUGGUGGACAGCGCCAAGGCCGGCAAGUUUGUGCCGCCGGAUGAAUAUCAUAUUCGGCACAUACCCGUCGAUGAGAAUCUGCAGUUCGAUUUGGAUGCUGUGCUGUGUGCGCCGACACGUUCUACACUAUUUGCGGGCAGAUACUUCUAUGUAACGCCCGAUGUAUUUCCGGCACGCGAUGAAAUCAUACGCAUGAUCGAAUCUUCGGGCGGCAAGGUGGAGGCGAAACGACGCAGCGGUGCCGCCGUUGCAGAGGCGCAAGUCCAGGCGCCCGAUUCUUAUAUCAUUGUUACCUGCCCAACGGAUAUGCACUUGUGCGCGGAUCUGACGCGACAUGGCAAUCCCAAGUGCCAUAUUGUCUCUACGGAGUUUGUGAUGAGCUCCAUAUUGCGGCAACAGCUGGAAAUUGAGCCCAAUUUGAUACCCUAUUUGUACAACAACAACAUUUCCAACAGCAGCAGUAACAACAAAUCCUAGCGACAAGCUGUUCUCUACUUCUUGUUGCUUAAAGCUUGAGGCACGUUCAGGAAAUUUUAUAAACUUUGUUAUAUAUCUAUGUACAUGUAUGAUAAGAAUCCCAUCCCAUUUUCAUCGAGCCUGUGAGCUGUGAAUGCGAAUCUAGUCCACAUUGAAACUGAUGAAAAUUGGGUCACUAAUCGGUUAUAUAUAUAUAUAUCACAAUCCCACAUAAAGCAAGCUGGAUCGUGUUAUCAAAACUAUUGAUAAAACCCUUUGCUACAGCUAUUUUUACACGCAUUAACAAAUGGUUUGCAGAUAAACUGCAGAUCGAGUCAUUCAAGCGAUCUAUCACAUCUAUAUAGUAGAUAGUUACAACUAAUUAUAAGCAAAAAGUACAUUUUUUAUAAAUAUAUAUAUAUAUUUUUAUAAACUCAUUAACUAGAUGUAAGUAUAUAUAUUUAUAAUUCAAUAGAGUAUACGAAACGUUUCACAGAAAUUUUAAUCGGCUGGCUAUUAGAAUUUUAAGCACAUUUCAAUUUGGAUAUAGUCCAUCGUCCAAAUCCCCUAAAUAUUAGUUAGGUAUACUCAACAAAUAAAGCUUAUGUUAUAUAUGUGAA